CGCUCUGUUAAGAAGAUCCUGUGAGUCAUCAACGAGGCAGCAGUUCAUGAUUGGUAGAGACGCGAUCACGUGAGGCAACUGGGACUUUGUUGGCGGAAAUAGCUGGGUGAAUAAUAGCUAAGUAGGAGAGUAUUGAAAGAAGAUUGUUCAGGACAUAUUUUUGAGGCAUGCAGUUCUUUGAACGACUUGUCCAUACUCUGAACAAUGUCACUCACUUGUUCACAAACCCUCAUCGGGUAAAGGAAGUAUCCCUGACAGAAUAUACUUCUCGGAACAUCGUUAAACAAGAAGAUAGGUUAGUCUUGUAUGAAAACAGUUCAGCUCGAUCCUGGGAUUGUCUGCUUAUUCACCCUCAGAAUCAAAGUUCUGCCUUAAGGCUUUUUCAAGUUGACAGUGAACCAAGUGCACGUGAAUAUUUUGAUUUGUAUGCAAAGCAGUUGCGUCCCUUCUAUGAGAGCUAUCAUGAUCCUUUGCCUCUGGAAACUUUGCAACAGCUGACCGACUGUUUGCGAAGUCACCCCAGCUGGUCACUAGCACACAUAGCUGUAGAGUCUGGACUUCUGGGAAGCUUCCGACACAAUCUCAUUCUGAGCUGCAUAAAUAGCAACAGUUCUGACAAUGAAUGCACCCCACUUCACUUAGCCUGCCAAAAAGGUGAUUUUGAAUGUCUGAAGGAGCUGAUGGAGGAGUGCCAUGCCCGUGUUGAUCUUACAGACAGAAAUGGAGAAACUGUCUUCCAUUAUGCUGUUCGAGGGAGCAACCCAAAGAUUAUAGAGCUCCUAGGCAAGAAAGCAACUGUUGCUUUGGACCAUCUGAAUAAUGAGGGGCAGAGUCCAUUGCACCUGGCCUGCCAGCUGGGCAAAGAAGAUGCAGUCUACUCUCUUCUAAAGGUUCAUGCCAAGUGCAAUAACUUGGGAGCUCUGGGCUAUCCCAUCCACAUUGCUAUGAAGCAUUCUCAGAAAAGAUGUGCAGAAAUUCUUCUUGAUAAAGAAAUAAACCAGAUUCAGUUUCUGGAUCCACGAUAUGGUGCUACACCCCUUCAUUGGGCCAAAAUUGCAGAGAUAACCCGGAUGCUUAUUGAGUAUGGCUGUGAAGUGAAUGCCCUCAGUUCAUCAGGAGAAUCAGCCCUUCAUAUUGCUGUGCGACGUGGGCGUUUGGACUGCACAAUGGUGUUGUUGACACACGGAGCCAUGCCAAACACUAAAGAGAAGAAUGGCAACACACCACUUCAUCUGGCCAUGCAGCAAGAUCAUAUAGAAAUGAUCAAGGCCCUUAUUGUGUUUGGAGCAGAUGUGGAUAUCCCCAAUGAUUUAGGGGAGACACCUGGAUUGGUGGCAGCCAGGACAAGCAAAGGUGCCAACCGGAAGGUUCUUUUAGAUCUGCUGAAAGUUAUAGGGAUUGAGCGCUUCCUUCCACCUGGCACAUCUGCCUCAUCAACAUCCACUUCCACCCUCCCAGAAAGAUCAUCAGCCCCACGGAGUUCUGGCUUAGAAUACAUGGACGUCAUCCAUGUUUCAGCAGCUCUUGGCAACUUGCUGAGGAGACCAGAUGUGGUGGAUUCUGCCCCUGAGAAGAGGAGAAACCAGGACCGCCUCCUGAGUCUGGACGGUGGGGGUGUUCGGGGCAUUGUACUCAUCCAGUUUCUCAUCGCUAUAGAGAAAGCUGCAGGGCGUCCCAUCUCAGAGCUCUUUGACUGGGUGGCGGGGACUAGUACAGGGGGAAUUCUGGCUCUGGCUAUUAUACAAGGGAAACCCAUGGACUACAUGCGCUGUGUAUACUUUCGCAUGAAAGAUGAGGUCUUUCGAGGGUCACGGCCCUAUGAAUCAGAGCCUCUUGAAAAUUUCCUGAAAAAGGAGUUUGGAGAACAUACCAAAAUGACAGAUAUCAAGAGUCCCAAAGUCAUGUUGACAGCAACACUAUGUGACCGACAGCCUGCUGAGCUCCAUUUGUUCAGGAAUUACAGUCCGCCAGAAGGAAGAAACAAAUCCCGUUUCAGAAUGAUAGGCUCAUUUCAACCAAUGACCAAGCCAGAAGAUCAACUGGUGUGGCAGGCUGCCCGUUCCAGUGGAGCUGCUCCAACAUAUUUUCGACCCGUAGGACGAUUUCUGGAUGGAGGGCUGCUAGCCAACAACCCCACUUUGGAUGCCAUAACUGAGAUCAAUGAAUAUAACAAGUCUUUAAUCCAGAAAGAACAAGGUGACAAAGUGAGGAAGUUGGGAGUUGUUGUAUCUCUUGGAACUGGCAGAGCACCAAAAGUGCCCGUGAGCUCUGUGGAUGUCUUUCGUCCCUCCAACCCUUGGGAACUGGCCAAGACUGUCUAUGGGGCUAAAGAACUAGGCAGACUGGUGGUGGACUGUUGCACAGAUCCAGAUGGACCAUGUGUUGACCGUGCAGCUGCCUGGUGUGAGAUGAUAGAUGCCCAUUAUUUCAGAUUCAGUCCCUCUUUUGAGACAGACAUAAUGCUGGAUGAAGUGAGCAAUACAAUCCUGGUAAACAUGCUCUGGGAGACUCAGAUCUACAUUUAUCAACAUUGGGAUAAAUUCGAGCAGUUGGUAGAGCAGCUCCUAAUUAAAUAAAGCUUUGUGAAGAUUUUUGGUACAAAUAAUGCCUGCCUUGAGCUGCAGCUUGGAUUAUCAAUGAGAAGUAGCAGAGUCUGCUGGCCAGUGGCUUGCCCCGUUGUCUUCAUACCAGAAAAAUCAAGUAGAAAAAUAUAAGGAUUGCUCCCAUCAAAACAUCCUUCAGCUGUUCUGUAUCCUGUGACUGUCUCCCACCCCACCUCAAUGUGCUGCUACACCAGUAAUCUUAAAGGUUUAGAUCAUUUCACUUUGUUUGUUGAUCAGAAUUGGAUCAUUUCUGCCUGCAAUCUAAGAUUAGUUGUAUGCUAUGAACUAAUUACUUAUACCUUUGUAUCUAAGGUUGUACAUAAGGACUUGAACAAUUGAAAUUGCUCUUUUUUUCCUAUUUACAAGUCAUGUCUUGAGUUUUUUGUUAUAUGGAAGGUGGAGAUUUUUUUUACACAUGAGAAAACCUACCAUUCCCUUUCAACAUUAUUGGUACUAGGCAAACUCCUUUGCUCAUUCUAGACCAAAAACCAUCCUAAAUACUUGUUCCCUUACUUCAGACUCCUUUUUUCUGAAUCUUCCCACCCCCAAAGAAGUCACUUUGCUAUGAGUGGCACUAAAGAAUCCUGGAGGAAUGGAGGACAGGCUUCCUUACAGGAGGCAGGCUUGGACAAUAGUCUUCUCAAACAAAGACAUUUCUGAAUAAGGAUGAAAAAUGUAGGAAUGGGCAGAGAUCAAAUAAGGAGACAUUUGAUUAACAAAGUCAAUAAUUGGGCCCAUGUUUUUAUGGUUGGUUUUUCUGUUUUCUCAUACUCUUUCUUCCUUAUUGCAUUAAUUUUUCUACUUAUGAAUGCUGUAUUUGCUGUUUUGUUUAGGCCAAAAAUUUAAGGUACUACUGUUUAACAAAAAUGCACUGUUUUUCUAAGAUUUAACUGACUUAAUAGGAUGCAUUGGAAUUGUUGAAAAACUGAUGAGGUGAAAGUAACAGGAAAUACUUCACUCUCCCAUUAUUUUCAUAAGUUAUUUCAGAUUCAAAUGAAAAUUAUGUUGACGUUAAAAAGUCCUUUUCCCCCCAAAAGCAAGUAUUAAAUAAAAACACUAUUUUCUGAAA